UAAAUCUCUACAUGAACGUGGCAUUUCAGUCCACAUUGUCUCGGGCGAUGACGAUGGUGUUGUCCGCUCCGUGGCAACAUCCUUAAAUAUCCCUGAUUCGAAUACCCGCUCUCACUGCGACCCUGCUAGUAAGCGGACAUAUAUUCAGGAUCUCCUCUCUUAGACAAGCCCUAGCGACAAGCCCAAGAAACCAAUCGUCAUGUUCUGCAGUAACGGGACCAACGACGCAGUCGCUUUAGCUCAAGCCACAAUUGGCGUGCACAUGAACGAAGGUACUGGCGUCGCCAAGUCCGCUGCUGAUGUUGUCCUCACGCGUCCCAGCCUAGCUGGAGUUCUCACUGCCAUAACUUUAAGCAAGAAUGCGUCUAACCGGAUCAAGUUCAACUUUGCGUGGAGCUUCGUCUACAAUCUGUUUGCUAUCUUGCUUGGUGCUGGUGCAUUUGUCAGGGCGCAGAUUCCGCCUGAGUUUGCUGGCUUGGGCGAACUGGGUAGUUUUUUGCCGGUGAUUGUUGCUUCUGUGCUUUUUGCAUUUUUCCCAGGAGCUAGGGUUACAAUGGCCAAAUCGUACAGUAGAAAUAGGGGGCUUUGUUGUCUUUCACUUAUUGUCGGUGUAGGUGUAAAUUGAAUGGAGGAGAGAGGAGAAAGGAUAAUGCUUUAGCAAGCAGAAACUAUAAAAAAGAGAAUGC